AUUCGUCUCAAAAUUUGGACUCACAAGAACUCUGAUUUUGCCUAUUUCUUUUCAAUUCUUCGAAACAGCCAGAAAAGAAAGCGUUCAUUUACAUUAAGUUGGUUUAAAUGGAUGUUAUAAACAAAAGUCUGGUUUCUGCGCUGGAAAGUCUGCCGAAAGACUUAAAACCUACAUCUGAAGGCGUUUCGUUGGUGUCUUUAAAAACGCAGUUACUUAUUUCCUAUGUUCAAAAACUUGCAUUUUUAAUUUUGGUAAAGUUAGAAGGAAAAAGUUACUUGGAGUUUCAGAAUGUCGUAGAGAAGCUCGUUCGUUUGCGACUGGAAAUCGAAAAAAUCCGACCUUUGGAAAAUCGCAUUCAGUAUUCGCUAGAUAAACUCUUGCGCGCUGCUGAACGUAAAGAAGAAUUGGAAUCUUUAAGCACUUCUGGUAUGGAUGGUGGCAUUAAUCAAGAAGACACUGAUAGUCUUAAGCUCCAUUAUAAGCCAAAUCUUGUUGGACUUGAGAGUGAUGAAGAGGAAUCACCUGCUGCUAAAGGAAAACAUAAAAAGAGCAACAAAAAGGAUGUCUCCUCAGAGGAAGUUUCAUCCGAGAGCGAGGAGGAUGAAUCCAAGACUGAUGGUGUUUAUCGCCCACCUAGAAUUCGUGCUGUAACAAUGGAUGACGAGAAAAAACCAAGACGUAGACCUAAUCAACUCGUGGAUGAAUUUGUUUCGUCUGAUUUGUCAUCUCUGCCUCAGAGUAUGCCAAGCAUUGGCUCUAACUUGGAACGAGGUGGCCGAGUUAUUCAUGCGGAUGAAAGACAAUUGGAGAAGAUGCGCGAACGUGCUGAAUAUGAAGAAAGUAAUUACACACGUCUUCCAAAAUUGUCCAAGAAAGAACUCAAAAAUGUCAAGAAGCCUAAGAAACCCGGUUUUGGUGGUGAAGAUUGGUCUUUAUUGGAUCGUAGCUUUAACAGUGAUGCUUUUGCCUCUCGCAAACUCGAUCUCUCAUCUCGUGCUAAUAAGCGUGGUGCAUCGGACGCUUCUGAAGGUGCAUCAGGUAGCGGUCAAAAUAGAAUGGGUGAUGCUUAUCGUAAGCGUAGAAAGGCUUUGAAACGUAGAUAAUUGGAUGAGUUCUGUUAAUUUUGGGAUAAUCGGACGAGGAAUUAAAGGAAAAUAAUAUGAAAGGUUUUGGUAUAGAACUGGUUGCUUAACUUUUUACUUUGUUAAAUGAAUAACUGAGCUUUGGAUAUCUUGUACAAUAAUAAUUAUGUGAAAC